AUGCUGGUGGCGGCGGUGCUUCUGGCUUCCCUCUGCUUCGUCCCCCAGGCUCGGGCAGGCUCUCCCAGGGCCAACGAGAUCAGCAAGGGCGCGGUGGACUGGCUGAUCCACUAUGGGUACCUCCCUCAACCAGACCCUAGAGCUGCCCGUCUUCAAAGCGCAGAAGAACUGAUCAGCGCCAUCAGGACAAUGCAAAGGUUUGCAGGGCUGCCCACAAGCGGGGAGCUGGACGAGAAGACCCUGGAAAUGAUGCGCAAGCCUCGCUGCUCCCUCCCUGACAUCAUUGGCACCUCGGAGCUGAUGCGUCGCCGGCGCAGGAAGAAGCGCUUUGCUCUCAGUGACAGCUCCUGGCAAAAGAAGAAGCUGACGUGGCACAUCCGUUCCUUCCCUGACUCCACACAGCUGACGCAAAAUCAGGUCCGAAACAUUAUCUACCAUGCCUUCCAGGCCUGGAGCUUUUCCUCAGCCUUGACCUUCAAGGAGGAAUCCUCUGAAGAAGCUGACAUUUUGGUGGAUUUCAGCAAUGCCUAUCAUGAUGACAGUUAUCCUUUCGACGGGCCGGGGGGUACCCUGGCCCAUGCCUUCUUUCCUGGAGAACACCCCAUUUCGGGGGACACCCAUUUCGAUAAGGAAGAGAGGUGGCUUUUCGAUCCAGAGAACAAGUCACCAGGUCAUGGCACGGAUCUCUUUGCUGUAGCAGUGCAUGAAUUUGGCCAUGCCUUGGGACUGGCUCACUCCUCCAACAAGGAGUCCAUCAUGAUUCCAUUUUACCAGGGCCCUGUUGGAUUUCCCCAGGAGUACCGCCUCCCGCCAGAUGAUGUCAUGGGAAUUGAACAAAUUUAUGGGAAGCGUCAGGGUGGCUCACGUCCAGAUCAGAAUAUGCCACCGUUACCGGUCCCCACAGCCCGACCCAUCCCUGACCUGCCUCCGUACAGGCCCACCCAAGAGCCACGACUUCCAGCACCUGAUCGUUGUGCGGCCCAUUUUGAUGCCAUUGCUAACAUCCGAGGAGAAGUUUUCUUCUUCAAGAAGAAGCAUUUCUGGCGGAUGCAAGCGGCCCGAACCCUGGUUUCACUGGAGCCGGCACAGACCCUCCGGUUCUGGAACGGCCUCCCACAGGAUUUCACAGCCAUUGAUGCCGCAUACGAGCGCAUCAAUGACAGCCAGAUCGUGUUCUUCAUUGGAUCCCACUACUGGGUUUUCACAGAUACUCAGGUCAACCCAGGCUAUCCCCGUCCCACAUCUGAUCUUGGCCUUCCUCGUGGCACAGUAAUUGAGGCUGCUUUUGUCUGGCCCCACAAUCACAAGACGUAUUUCAUAGAAAAGGACCAAUACUGGCGCUAUGACGAUCACUUGGGCCAAGUGGAAUCAGGAUACCCCAAACCCGUCACCCUCUGGAGAGGGGUCCCACCUGGCCUGGAUGACAUCACUCGCUGGAAUGAUGGAAACACCUACUUCUUCAAGGACAGCCAGUACUGGCGCUUCACUGGAGGCAAUGUGGAGUCGGAUGCAGGCUACCCACGUUCCACUGCCCACGACUGGAUGUACUGCCAGGGUGCUCCCACCUCCCACCCGACACACGGCUCGAGCCCGAAGCCCAAGGACGAAGACGGGCCGAUGUGUAUCUGUGGGUCGUCAGCUCACCGAGAAGCCCCCCUUUCCUCCAGGGUGCUGCUUUGCAUUUGGGGUUUCCUCUGGGCUUUCAUGUUGCAAAGAGAUGCACUUUCUAUGUAGCCAAAGCAAGGGACUGCCUGGCGGGAGAAGGGGGCCACCCCUUAGCACACUCUCCGAGCGAUUCGUUCACUGUUCUUUAAACACACACACACACACACACACACACACACACACACACACACACACACACGCGUUCUCAUAAACCAUCCCUGUCUGAGGUCCCCCAACUCCCUGAACCCACCCCUCAGAUUUCUUGCCUUCAUUUUCUACAAAGAGGGGCAGAGCCUUUUAAGACUGCCUGCAACCCACACCCGUUGGCCUGGAUGCCUGCCCCCUGCAUCUCUGGGGUGUGGUGACAGUCUGAUUUCUCAGGGAUGAAGGAGAUGCGUUCUUACACCUGGUCAGAGGUACUCCCUGUUACUGUUCUUCAUGCGGCCCUUUGCGGCUGUUCUGCACUCUCCAGUUGUCUCUGACUUGCAGUGACCCCCUGAAGGGAAGCGCUCCAAAAUGUCCCACCCAAGACAGUCCAGCUCAACUCAUGCAAAUCCAAGGCUGUCGCUUCCUGUGCAGAGUUAGUCUCUCUCCUGUUUGGUCUUCCUUUUCUUCUUCUGCCUUCAACUUCCCUUCGACCUCCGUCUUCCCCAGGGAGUCCCACCUUCUCGUGAUGUGCCAGAGUAUGACAAUCUGCUUGGUCAUUUUUGGUUCUAGGGAAAGCAACCUAGCUUGAUUUUACCUAGGCCCACUGGUGCAAAAAGAAACUGGACCACCGCCUGAGUGGGAUGGUGUAACGUGGUGUCCUGCAACAGCAGAGGUUGGACUCUAUGACCUUCCAACUCUCCUAUUCUAUGAUUCCAUGAUCUUUCUGUGGGUUCGGGAUCUUCACAAACCUCUUCUCCACCACAGUGUUUCAAAUGCAUCUAUUUUCUUCCUGUUAACCUUCUUCAGUGCCUUGCUUUCACACCCAUAGAUAUUGAUCGGGAAUACAGUGGCCUUAGUCUGUCUGAGUUCCUUCCAAACUGGAGGUCUCUUCUUCUGGCACUAUUGCUUCUUUCAUUUGGGAUACUUUCAUCGUAGGGUUUUCAAGGGAAGACGAGACAGAAGCGAUUUGCCAUUGUCUUCUAUGCAGCACUAACCAAAGUUAGCUUGACCAUCACUGCCAUUGUCUGCAGAAGAUCCUCCCCGCACCAGUGUCACCUUCAGCUGCUGCCCACUGGCCGUCCCGCAGAAGCUUCUCUGCCCCAUCACCAGUAAAGGCUUCCCUUCCCUUCUGCUGACGUCACCUUUCCCCCUGAAGAGGUUGGGUGCAUCUUAGCCUGGUGCCUGCGCUUGAUCAUCCUGUCUUGGCUGGCCUUGCUAAGAGACCUGCCUAGGGAGGUGUGCAUCCCAGGGACACAGAACCCAGAACCCUGCUCAGCCCAGAUUUUUGUGCAAACAGUCACUUUCCUAUCAGGUGAUGUCUCUUCCCUCUUCCUUUUGCCAUUUGGUGACCCCACAAAGGCCAGUCUGUGCCUGCCAUUCCUUGGAGUCCUGCACUGAAUGGGAAUUGGACUCAAUGGCCUUAGUGGCCCCUUCCAAGUUUACCAUAUUUUGAGUCUAUGAAUGUUUUCCCCAGUAUAGAUUAAGGGUGGAUGAGAAGUAGGGAAUUCUGGCUUGUGAAUGCUGUAGCCGGACAAGAUCUGUUUGUGGGGAGCAUUUGCUCAGCAUGUGGUGCUCCGCAGAUGAAACGAUGUGCGUUCUUAUCUGAUGGUGUGUGUUGCUGUUUGCAUUCAACGCAGGGGCGCAGAACCUCAAGGCCUGGGUCCCAGUCUGGCCCUCUGGGGCUCUGCCAAUACGAGAACCGUCUCUUCUGGCCUCGUCUUUUCCCACAGGCAGCAAUGGUUUGCUGGAUUCCCAGCUUUUGUGCAGUGUCCCCCAUUCUAAACACUACUCACUCUUGGUGAGGAUACAAGCCUUUGCACACAAACAAAAAUAGCCAACAACUCCCAGCAUGUCCAAGCCAUUUCUUCUGUCUAAAUUUGCAUGGGAUUGUGCCUUUAAGCAAGAAUAGCCUUGUAUUUUUGGCCCUGACUUUUUGCCUUCAGACUGUCCAGCACUCAUAUAUGGCCCCCAAAAGCUUCUUCAAAACGGAAUUCAUCUUGCAGGCGAAAAGAGGUUUUGUACCUGCACAGUAACAUGCAGCGGCAGUGGAAGGAAUACGAACCUGAGCUGCAGAAGGAGCAUCACUGUGUCUUCCGCUCCCUCCCUGUCUGGGCUGAUGGAGAAGAGAUGAGAAGGUGAACACGAGUGAUUUAAAACCGUGGGGGUAGGGGCAGGAAUGUUGCAAGUAAGAUAUAUAUUGCUUUCUGUUUUUAUAAUAAAAAUCCCAAAUAGUU